AGUUCAAGACAUACAUCAGAGUUUAGUAAACCAUGUAACAACAUAACAGAAAAAGGGAGAACUCACAGUAUCACUUUUAUGUACACAACUACGCAUAUCAGCAAAAUAGUAGUAAGAAAGAAGAUGAGUGUCCUAUUGAUGAUCCUAUCAGUUGUACUAGUAGUAUCUACAUUGACUGGAUCUACUAACAAUUACUACAAUGAACCUACUGAUAAUAAUGGAUCAUUAACAGAUUGCUCUGUUACUAAGAAAUUUGUUGAAUUCAACUUAUCAGUGACUCCAUACCCACUAAAACGUGGGGUAGAAUUCCAUUGGCAAGGAGUAGUAAAGAUCAAGAGAACCAUACAUUGGGGUAUAGUACAUGCCACAGCAACAUACAAUUACAGGGGUUACACUAAUAUUACUUUCUUGGAUGACAAAUUCAAUUUAUGCGACUUCUUAGAUGAUAUUAUUAAAGAAUAUUGUCCAAUACAACCAGGAAUAUAUCAUAUAAACACUCCUUCUAGACUACCAAACAUCUUAUGGCCAGGUCAGUAUUAUUUUAAAGGAACUGCUUACAAUGAGAAAGGAGAGCAGAUAAUGUGUAUAAUGAAACAAGUCACUAUUGAAUAAUGAACAUUAUUAUUGACACAUACAUGUAUACACUUGCAGAAACUGUGUGUUCUGAUUGUAUCAAAGUGAAUUAAUGUGAACCUUAUUGUAUUA